AUGUCUUCCUUAGAACUGCAAAGACCUAGAGCAAAGAACCUAACUCUUGAGCUCAAAAUCAUAUCAGCCACUGACGUCAGCCAUGCCCAUAUCGAUGACACGGACAAUAUGGACGUAUACGCCGUUGUUUCAAUCAACAGUGACUACAUGCAAACAAAACAAGCGGCCAAAACACCCAUUGACUACGACGGUGGUUCCAAUCCGACGUGGAAUCACACCGUUAAGUUUUCCGUCAUUGAGAAGGCAGCCCUUGAUGGCCUAUCAACCGUUAAAGUCAAGUUAUUAAGCUUCUGGCUCGAAGGAGAGGAUGAUCUUUAUCUAGGAGAAGUCAACGUUUCGGUUCAAGAGCUUCUUGCCUUAAAUCCGCUUAAACCAUCUACAAAUGGUAGUGGCAAUAAAAUGAAGUCUAUGACUUGCCCUAUCAGAGUCAUAAGAGCAAGUACAAAAGCAAGGCUGAGCCUCUCCUACCGGUUCAAACCGAUACCGGUUAAUGAUCUGUAUCCCUCGGCACCAGAUUACUUAUCUUCUAAACCGGCAUCACCAGGUGAUGAUAAGUAUCCUUCAGCCCCGGAUUACUCGCUAUUGUCUAAUCAACCCGUUUACCAAAACACCGAUCCACCAAGAUCAGCUCAGCCUGUCAUGUAUGCUCCUCAAAUCCAAACCUCAAUGGGGAAAUUAACACUACAGAUUCUGAUCAAAUUCGCCAAGGGCAUCAAAGAUGUCAAUACUUUCUCGGCGAUGGAUGUAUACGCUACCGUUUUGAUUCUUGAGGACAAGAAGAUUAAGCAGGGGAUCAAUACUCCUAUCGCAUAUUCAGCCUACACAAACCCAACAUGGAAUCACCAAGCCAUGGAAUUUCCCAUCGACGCGCAAUUAGCUCAAGAAGGCCGUUUGUCCCUCCUCGUGAAGCUGAUCAGCGUGCGGCCGUCUCUUGGAGAUAAAGAAAUUGGAAGGGUCAAAGUCCCAUUGGAAGAGCUUCUAGGUCUUAAUUCACCGUCUCCGUUAACUAACGACGAUUCCAACGUUAUGAAGUUGGUUGCGCACGACGUCACGGGGCCAUAUGGAACGAAAGGAAAAUUGAGUUUCUCGUAUAGGUUUCUUGCGCCUGAAGCUACAUUAUUUAGCCCCUCCGCUCAACCACCCACAACAUCCAAACCAUUUGCUACACAUAUGCCCGUCACACAUCAGUCAAACGAAUCAUAUGGCACGGUUCACAGUACACCUAGUUAUCAUCACCUCCCAGUUACCCCAAGGGCCAAGGUUGGGCCGAGUAAUGGUCAACUACCAUUUAGUAUGCCACCUCCAUAUCAGUCACAUGAGUACCAGCAGUAUUCACAAACGCAACAGCAAUACCAGCUCCCCCAAUCACAAGCACAGCCACAAACACAAUCUGAACGACCAGUAGUGAAGCCGCAAGGAAGGAAUAUGGCGGAAUUAGGUAUAGGGACUGCAGUUUUGGGAAGAGCAAUAGGUGGAGCUUUAAUGAGUGAUAUGACAAUGUCCGAUGAAGUGAACAUAUUUGACUCUAUAUAUUCGGAGUCCAUGAUUUGA